GCUGAGAUAUUGCAUGCAAUUGCAAGUACCUCUGCAAACUAAACUUAAGUUACUUAACCAAUUAAGUUGACCUUUUGCAACUUCCCUUGCCCUCAGGACUCAUAAAGCCUUAUAGCAUCUAAAAAAUCCACAUUUCAUUUUCUCUGAUCACUGUCAAAAACUUCAGCUUCUUGUCUAUUCAAAUUAUGGCAUCUAUGCGCUUAACACUGCUGCUUUUAUUCUUCACACUCAAUUUUGUGAUGUUUCACAGCCAAGCUAGAUAUCAUUAUCAUAAAAAGCGCAAGCAUUCGCCUCCAACGUCGCAAAUUUCUCAGCCUCCGUCUGGUGCACCAGCAGCGGGAGCACCAGGACCAUCUAAUCAGCCUCCGAAGGCUGAUCCUAAUGUAAAUCCUGGUGUUUUUGACGUCAGAAAUUUUGGUGCUGUCGGAGAUGGCAUGACUGAUGACACAGAGGCAUUCAAGGCAGCUUGGGACGCCGCGUGCCAAUUUGAAUCCGGAGUUCUUCUUGUUCCUAAGAGUUACUCUUUUAUGAUUCAGUCCACAAUUUUCACUGGCCCUUGUAAAGGUGGUCUUGUUUUCAAGGUUGAUGGCACAGUAAUGCCACCAGAUGGACCUGAAUUAUGGCCAUCAAAGAAUAGCAAACAUCAGUGGCUGGUCUUUUACAGACUCGACGAGAUGUCGUUGCAAGGCGGUGGUGAGAUUAAUGGAAGAGGCGAAAAAUGGUGGAACCUCCCCUGCAAGCCUCAUAGGGGACCUAACGGAAGCACAUUGCCAGGACCAUGUGACAGCCCAGUUGCUAUCAGGUUCUUCAUGAGCAACAAUUUGACAGUGCAAGGACUUAAAAUCAUCGACAGCCCUCAGUUCAACUUCAGAUUUGAUAAAUGCACCAAUGUCCAUGUCGAAUCAAUUCACAUUACAGCUCCAGCUCUGAGUCCAAACACUGAUGGGAUUCAUAUAGAAAACGCCAACAAUGUCCGGAUAUAUGAUUCCACAAUAUCUAAUGGGGACGACUGUGUAUCAAUUGGAUCGGGAUGUUAUGAUGUAGACAUAAGAAACAUUACAUGUGGACCUGGCCACGGAAUUAGCAUUGGGAGUUUAGGCAACCACAAUUCGCGAGCCUGUGUUUCAAACAUCACGGUCAGGGACUCGGUGAUAAAGAACACAGACAACGGAGUUAGGAUCAAGACAUGGCAAGGAGGUUCUGGCGCAGUAUCUGGAAUCACAUUCGACAACCUUCACAUGGAAAAUGUUAGAAAUCCAAUUAUGAUUGACCAAUUCUAUUGCCUCACCAAAGACUGUAAAAACGGAAGCUCAGCUGUCCUCGUGUCCGACAUUCAGUACUCGGGUAUCAAAGGAACCUAUGAUAUCAGAAGCCCUCCUAUGCAUUUUGCCUGCAGUGAUUCAGUUCCAUGCACAAAUAUAACACUUUCUGAUGUGGAACUCCUUCCUGCAAAAGGAGAGAUGGUUCUUGAUCCGUUUUGUUGGAAUGCUUAUGGAGAUUUCGAAGCACUAACCAUACCACCAGUGUCCUGUUUGUUGGCGGGAAAUCCUCGUUCAAUCUUGGAAAAUUCAUUAGGCCUUUGCUAAUUAACUACCUAUAUAUUGUACAGAUUUUGCAUCAAUGUGUUGAUCAUGUAAUACUUUUUCCUUUUUCAGAUUAACCAAUCAUGAUUUCCUGUAAUGUAUAUGUAAUCUGUGAAGAGGGAUCUUAUUAUUAAACCCUUCACAUCAUUAUGAGUGUGACUUACAUAUAUAAAUGAAAGCUUUCGGUUUUAAUUAUUAA